AUGUGUGUACGAACGCUGCACCAGAUAAUUAUUAUCCCUGCCUCCUACCCCGAGAACAAUUCGAUGAGAACGAAGCGCGGGGAUCAGCAGCCGAGGCUGAGCUCGGCCGGGGGAGCCCCCGGGCCGCUGCCGGGGGCCGGUGUGCUGCUGCUGGCACACCGCCCCCCCGCAGCAGCCGGCACCGCCGCUCCGGCGGGACGAGGCGCCCCGGUCCCGUCUCCCCGUCCGCCAGUGCUGCCCGCUGCGCACGCAGGCGCGUGCCGGGCGCUCCGGGGAGCGCGGCGGGGGCUCGGCUGGGGGGGGGGGCGGCGGCGGCCCCCCCUCCUCCGCGGAGGUGCGCCUGACGGAGCGGCCUGGCUGGGUGCUGGCGCGGGACAGCGAGGGGCCCCGGGCCGCUCGACGGCGAGAAUAGAGGAGCCCCCCCCCCCCCCCGCUUUCUCCGCCGGGACCCUGCGCCUCGCCGCCCCGCGGAGCCCCGGCCUUCCCCGCCCGCCGGCGGCCGAUGCCGACGCACCGCUGCCCGGGAACGCUCCCGCAGCGGGCGGCGCUCGGGGAGCGCGGGGGCUGCGGCCCGGGUGCACGGCGGGCAGGGGCCGAGCCUGGCGCGGGUCCGGCCGCCGGGACCGAGACCUGCGGGCGCCCCUCGGGCGGCCUCACGGCCGGCGACCUGCGGCGCGUACCGGGCGCUCCCCUGAACGGCUCUGCAGCCCGCGGCUCCGACCGAGCCUCCGGCGGCGGCGCCCGCCGCGCGUUGCCUCCCCGCCGACGGCCCUCUGCCCCGGGCCACCGCCGCAGCGCCCAGCGGGCCGGGCCGGGCCGGGCCGGGCCAGGCCGUCGUGCGGGGCAGUCGGUCCGCCCGGCCCCGCCGGCCCGGGAGCCUCGGCGGAGCGGCCCCCUGCCCGGGAAGAGCCGCCGCCGGGUGUGCUCGGCGAUGACUGAUUCAACCCGCUCACCCUCCCUCGGAAGGAUAAAUGUAAGCGAGCUGCAAAGUGUAGUUACUAAUAACAAUAACAAUAAAUUAUUGGGCUGUUGCUCAGUAGCGCAAACAAACGCUUGCCGUGAACAACGCGCAGCCUCCCCGCGCCUCGCAGCCGCCCCCCCGGGGACCGGCCUGUCCGUCGCUCCGGUCCGGCUGCGCCCCGGCCCCGGCGAGGCUUCCCACCCGACCGGCAGCCCCAUGGUAGCAGGUGACCGGGCGGCGCCGGGCUCGGUGCCACGCCGGGGGCCGGGGCCAGGCCGCCGAGGUGCCCGGCGGGGCGCGGCCGGUGGGUGGGUGGGCUGGAGCCGGAGGGGUCCGCGCUCCGGGCCCGCCGCGCUCGGUGCCGGCGCGGCCCUUCAAAGGGCCCGACCCCCGCCCGGGGAAGCCCCGCGCCCUCCUGGGGGGUGGUGGGAGCGGGGCCGGUAGAUCGCGGUUCGGAGGCCGCGCCGCGCGGAAGGCGGCGAACACCGAGCCGGUAUUUUAAUUAAGCAGAGUCUCUUUGAUAUAGGCAGCCUGAUGCUAUCUCUGCGCGCUGUUCCCUGCACGGCAGCUUUUGGGUAGGAAAACUGCUGAGGAAGCGGGAUGGCGCGGAGCAGAGCCGAGCAGCGCCAGAAAGCCCCGGGGAAGGCGGAGGGUGCGUGUGAGCGCGGCGCGCUGGGAGUUCCAGCUCCGCCGUGGUGCGGGGCGCGCUGUGUGCAUUUUCGGGGGGCCUGGAGGAACUCGAGUCAAUUUACCAUGAUUAAAGGCACAAGCAAGGAGGCGCCACACAUUUGCAUGCGCCUUCAUCUUUCUUAAGUGGAUUUUUGAGGGCAGCGCGGCAGACAGACUGGGGCUGCGCGUCCUCCUCCGCCGGCGGAGCGCCUCGCCGUGCGGCGUCGGGGACUGGGGGUCUCGGAGCCCUCGCCCGCCCGAGGGAGCGGCGGGACGGGCCUCGGCACCGGAGCCCCGUCGGGGCCGCUCCGUCGCCCGGUCCCUCCAGCGGCAACAGGCGCGACUCCGCGCCGCCCUCUCUCUCCCCGCGGGCCAGCGGCUCGCCCGGCGCCGGGCACGACGCGCAAGGGCCGCGCCCGCGGAGCGGGCUGCGCUGGCGGCGCUGCACCGGGCGCCCCG